GGGUCGUUCUGCAACUUGCAGACUUGCGAUGGGAGGAGCUCAGAAUCGAAGCUUUUCUUCUACUUCCACUUCUGAAAUGCACUCAUUCAACCAAAGACCCUUUUGAUCUUUAUCCCUCGACCGCACACGUGUCCUCCUGCACUGCAACGUUGAGAUCUUUGGGUUGAAGAAAGAAUGUCUGGCUGGACAAGUCUCAGAACCUCAUUGCAUUGUUCAGCAGAGGGAAACAAGAACAGGGAGAAACAAACAAUGCUUGUACCUCUGUAUCAUGCCUGGGCUUGCCUUUGCUUCUGCGCCGCUCUUGUUCUCGGCAGCUUCGUGCUUGUGCGGCGGCGAAGAGAUCACGAGGAGGAGUCCGAGGUUGAUGUCCCUCCCGGAAGUCUCGGACUGCUUCUGAUCGGAGAGACAGUUCAGUUCAUGGCUGCCAUCAACAGCGGCAGGGGAUUUUACAGCUUUGUGGAGAGCCGUUGCCUCCGGUAUGGAAGAUGCUUCAAGACCAACAUCUUUGGAGAGACCCAUGUUUUCGUCUCGACUGCCACAUCGGCAAAGAUGAUCCUAAAUAAUGAUUCCGGGAAAUUCAGCAAGAGAUACAUAAGAUCAAUAGCACAGUUAGUGGGCGAUCAAAGCCUACUGUGCGCAUCCCAUCAACAGCACAGGCAUAUCCGUGGACAUCUGAGCAACUUUUUCUCCACAUGCUCUCUAUCAGCCUUCAUCCAGCAAUUUGAUGAGCUGAUCGUGAAGUCUCUACUUGGCUGGGAACACAGAGGAACCGUGGUCGUUCUCGAUGAAGCACUUAAGAUCACUUUCAAAAUAAUGUGCAGGAUGUUGCUGAGUCUAGAGAGUGGACGACAGCUAGAAAUGUUGCAGGAGGACGUCGGUAUUGUUUGCAAAGCUAUGCUCGCUUUCCCUCUAAGGUUACCCAGGACUAGAUUCCAAAGAGGCAUUCAGGCCAGAGAGCGACUUAUGAGUGCAUUGGAGACUUUGAUUACUCAAAGAAGACUCUCAGGAACUUCUCACGAGGAUUGUCUUCAACACCUGCUCUCAAAUGAUGAUGAAACAGAGUGCAAGAAAGGCCCAAAGCUAACCGUUGGAGAGACAAAAGAUAACAUCUUGACAAUGAUAAUUGCAGGUCAUGAUACGACAGCGAGUGCUAUAACUUGGAUGGUGAAGUACUUGGGUGAGAACGAGACAAUUUUAGACAAACUAAGAGCUGAACAAGUAUGUUUCGCGAAGAAAAUGUCGGGAAGUCUGAAACUGGAAGACAUUGGCGAGAUGUCAUAUGCUUCCAAGGUUGUCAAGGAAUCCUUGAGGAUGGCAUCUGUAGUGCCAUGGUUUCCGAGGCUGGUGCUUCAGGACUCCAAUAUCGAAGGAUAUAGAAUCAAGAGAGGAUGGAACAUCAAUGUCGAUGCAAAAUCUGUACAUUUCGAUCCUAUGGUUCAUGACAACCCCUUCGAGUUCAAUCCCUCCAGAUUCGACGAUGAGUCGAAAUUACCAUGCAGCUUCUUAGGCUUCGGGGCCGGGGGAAGGACUUGUCUGGGAAUGAACAUGGCUAAGGCCAUGAUGCUGGUCUUCCUCCACCGGCUUGUCACCACCUACAAGUGGAGGGUCCUCGACCCCGACCCGACUCUAGAGAAGUGGGCGCUCUUUUCGCGAUUGAAAAACGGUUGUCCCGUGCUCGUGACACGCCUUGCGGAGGAAACAACCGACCCCUUAGCAGAUUGAAGAGCCCCUAGUCAAGCAGAUCAGUGCUACCUGUACUGUUAAAAAGCUCCUAUUCCAAGUCCGAUGUAGGUUUGGAAUGCUAGUUACUUGUUUGAGUUCAACAUUUUGAUUGAUGAAAGGAAGCUCAUGUCAACAGUGCGUAAACAAUGAAGCAAUCUGUCAUUAGUUCAUUAGUAU